AUGGUUCAAGAGAGAUUGGACCAGAUGAUUAGAGAAAGGCAGGAAGCAAGACAUAAGGAGAGGAGGAGGCAGAGAAGUAGAAGUGAAGGGACUAAGUUUGUUGUGAUGGUGGCCAUGGAGAAAUGUUCUUAUGAUCCAAGAGAGGAUUUUAGGGAAUCUAUGGUUGAGAUGAUCAUGGCUAAUCGGAUUCAAGAGCCUAAGGACCUACGUAGCCUUCUGAAUUACUAUGUUUCGAUGAAUUCUGGGGAGUAUCAUGGGAUGAUACUUGAAGUUUUCCACGAGGUUUGCACUGAUUUAUUUCUUUCGUGUAAAUGGCAUUGAAUCGAUCAAUGAACAAUUUGAUUAGUUAGAGUUUUGGUUUUUGUUUGUCAAGCAUCCAUAAUUUGUGAAAUCUGAGUGAACAAAAGUAGAAACAAGUUCAAUCCUUAAUUUUCUUCAUUUCUAGUUAUUGCCACAGUCUCAAACUCUCUGUUUCUGUUAGAAUAAAAAAAAUAUAUUUGC